UUGUCUUGUGUGUUUUAGAUGGAUAUACGCUGCGUUACUGUCGCCUGAGUGGAUCUGAAGUAUCGGGCCCACUUCAUUCGGAGGAAGGAUUUUUUUUUAUCGAUAUUCGAAGACGUUCUGAAAUUGUAUCGUUCAUGGACUUCCAGCGCCUUGUGCUUGAGAAUCGUUGUCCUUAUCGAUAACUCGGACGAAGCAUUUGUCAGCGAAGAACCAUGUCUAUGCUUCCGACUUUCGGCUUUACGCAAGAGCAAGUGGCGUGCGUGUGCGAGGUCCUGCAGCAGGGCGGCAACAUCGAGCGCCUUGGCCGCUUUCUGUGGUCCCUGCCGGCCUGCGAGCACCUCCACAAGAACGAGAGCGUGCUCAAGGCCAAGGCCGUGGUCGCUUUCCACCGGGGAAACUUCAGAGAGCUCUAUAAAAUCCUCGAGAGCCACCAGUUCUCGCCGCACAACCACCCGAAACUACAGCAGCUGUGGCUCAAGGCGCACUACAUCGAGGCGGAGAAGCUGCGCGGACGGCCGCUUGGAGCCGUGGGCAAGUACCGAGUGCGUAGGAAGUUCCCGCUGCCCCGGUCCAUCUGGGAUGGCGAGGAGACAAGCUACUGCUUUAAGGAGAAGAGCCGCAGCGUGCUGAGGGAGUGGUACACCCAUAACCCGUACCCUUCACCGCGGGAAAAGCGCGAGCUGGCCGAAGCCACCGGCCUGACCACCACUCAGGUCAGCAACUGGUUCAAAAACAGGAGGCAACGCGACCGCGCGGCGGAGGCCAAAGAAAGGGAAAACAACGAGAACUCCAACACGAACAGCCACAACGCACUCACGUCGUCCAUGAACGGAAACAAGACGAUGAUGGGCAGCUCGGACGAGGACAAAACCCCCGUCGGAACUCCAGAUCACACGUCGUCGAGCCCUGCGCUGCUGCUCACUUCCGCCUCCGGCCUGCAGCCUCUACACGGCCUGGCUGCUCCGCCUGCACCCAGCGCAGUACCAGUGCCAAGCGCCGUGACUGUACCAAGCGCGGACUCACUGCACCACCAACACCACCACCACGGCCUGCAUGACACCAUACUGAACCCUAUGGCCUCCAACCUGGUCGAUCUGGGCUCUUAAAACACAAAACGCUAGGAGCAGGACGCUUGUCGACUGCAGACUUGUGGAGCAAAAACCCAGACAGGGAAGGUGUUGGACAGAGGGAGUGAGUUGUGGAUGAUGUUUUGGAUGGCCUACACUCAAAGCCAAUAAGAGGGUCCUUGAUGAGGUAUUUUUCUAGAAUGUUAUGCUCAAAGCCACGGAACUACAAGGUCUUAAUUCUUGUUUUCGACGUCGUUAUUCCUUCAGAUUUCGACACAUCCGUGAAUUGUCGGUCGUAUACCCCAUUUGUUUACAUGUUUUCUUUUUUUUAAAGGCCAUAGUAAGUUUCCUUUUGAUGGGGUGCCGUCAUAUGAAGUGUUUUAUUACCAGCACAGCGAUUAUUAAGCUUAGCUUAUUUUCAUUUGUAUUUUUUUUUCUUUUUGGAAACCGACUGCAUGUAAAACUUUGCGAUCAAGUAAUAAAAUAUAAGCCCGAUCCCACCAUAGUUUCAUAUACCCUUUACAAUAAAAGCUAAUGUGCAUUUAUUGAGAA